AUGAAAAGAGGAUCUAUACAAUUAGAAAAAGAAUAUGAUAGACCGAAACCGAUGAAGAAGACUGUAUCAUUCAGACAAGACGUCAAUGGAGUCUCACCACAUCAAUCACAUCAACAAAAUACAGAAACCACAGCAGUUGUUCCACGUUUAAAAAAUUCAAUUAUAACAAUACCUAUACAAAAUAUACUUAUAAUUUGGGUUAUGUUUUAUUAUGGAAUUACGGAAGAUGUUGAAGGAGUGAUGUUUAAAACGUUUUUAACAAGCUUACCAAUACAUGCUAUUUACAAUUAUAUAUUGGCUACUAAUGUUGUUAAGAAAUCCAAAAAUGAUAAUAAACCUUUGCUUGUGGUAUCUAGUAUUUUGGUUAGUUUACUAUUAUCAAUACCAAUGUUUUUUAUCAUAAUAUUAAUGGGAGCUCCAGUUUAUAAAUAUUCAUUAAAAACUUUUACAUUAUCAUUACAUUUAUCACAAUUGAUUUUCAAUCCUUUAUUAAUAUUAUAUUCAUUAAAUUUUAAUCAAUCUAAAAAAUUAUUUGAUGAAGAACAUGUAUAUUAUACGAUUUUUAGUCAUCCAAUCUUAUCUCAAGUUUUAAUGACUUUAGCUGGUUGUUGGUUAGGUGUAAUUCCAAUCCCAUUGGAUUGGGAUAGACCAUGGCAACAAUGGCCAAUUACUUUAUUGGUUGGGGCUUAUCUAUUUGCAAUCAUUGGAAAUGUGAUAAGUAAACUAUUCAGCUAA